AUGGAAUAAUUGCAGACUUUAAAAUCAUAUUAUGAUUAGUUAAUCAAAGAAUUAGAGAAAAAAUUUGAAGAAAAGUUAUCAUAAUUAAACAAAAGGUAUCAUGUAAUGGAAACCUUUUUGAAAUAAAAGAUUAAAUAACUAGAAGCAGGAAAAAAUCAAAAAUCAGAAGAUUUGGAAAAAGUGAAAUUGAAAGCCAAAAUAUUCUCAUUAGAGAAAUAAUUAUAACUAUUAGAAUCUAGGGAUAACAUUUUGCAUAGAUCAGAUUUAAAAUCAAAUGAUGCUUAACCUCCAUAAGAAGUAUUUUUGAAUGUAUUAGAUUCCGUAUUUAAAUAAUUGGGAAAUAAUUUUGAAUAUCCUUAAUUCCUGUAUCCUUAAAUUGAUAGUCUUAUUCCAAAUUUAAUUGAACUUUUACCAACUUCACUUGGCUUAUUGUCAGAUAUGACAUUUUUACUCUACAAAACUAAAUUUUAUUCUAAUUUUUUAGCAAUUCCCUAAAGUAUUAAAUUAUCUAAACUAUUUUUUUUAGAUAAAUAGUUAUAAGAAGAUAGAAUCAAAUUAAAAACAUUAGAAUAACAUGUGAAUGAAAUAAUGUUUUGUGGAGGAUGCCAUUAAAAUUUUGAGAUUUGUUUCAAUCCCCAAACAGAAGAAUGGAAAAAAAAGGCUUAAGAAAAAGAAAUUGAUAAACCUAAUGUAUUGCAACACUCUUUACAAUUAACCUAAAGCACAAUUAUUUAAAAUUAUAUUAUUAAGACUGCAAAAUAAAAAUUAGAGUCUAGUUAUACCAAAGUUAUUAGAGAAAAUAAUUAAAUUCAUAAUUUGAACUUUUCACAAUAAAUGAAAUAGAAACAUGUUUUAUUUGAAAGGUUGAAUUGUGUUAUCCUAAUUUUGAUAUUAUCAUUUACUAAAGAUAAUAUAAUCUAUGCUUUAAAUAAUAUUUGUUAAGAUCUUAAAAUAGAUGUAUUUUUAAUUAUUAUUUUAGAAUCAAAUUUUAAUUUAGUAACUAUCAUAAUAGAUUUUUAAGAAGGACAUUGGUAUAUAUAUUUUAUAAUUAGAUAUGUUGAUUUUAUUUAAAUUGAAAGAUUUUGAAUCUGACAUUGAAUUAUUAUAUGCUAGUGUCAAUUGUAUCUAGGAAUUAAAUAAAAAAGGAAUUAAACUGUAAAUUUUUUAUUAAAAAUUUAGCACCGAAUCUCUAAAGUUUUUAAAAGAACUUAAUAAAAUAGGAAUGGAUAAUGAAUUAUCUUAGUUGAUAUAAUAAUUAGAAUGA